CCACUCUCUAUAUUAAACCAAGAGUGUACAAAGUGGCUAUUAAAAGUAUUCGAAACAAGCUCCAUGCUAUCACAAUCUCGAAUGCCAUCUUUUAACUGCAUUUAUCUCUCAGCUUAGACACCAACCCCAUAGGUCACAGCCACCAAACUAUAUCAUCGCAGCAUCGUAACUAUGCCAUACUCACCCCAAGUCGGCAGCACAGUCGCUUCACUCGACACACCAUCCAUAAUCGUCGACCUCGACCUUAUGGAGUCUAACAUCGCCAAACUCAUGAACCAACUGCUCCCGACCGGAGUCAACAUCCGCCCGCAUAUCAAGACGACCAAAUCUGCGAUUCUAGCUCAGAAACUCGUUGCAGCAGGCGCAAAAGGAGGAUGUGUUGCCAAACUGAGCGAAGCGGAAGUAAUGUGUGCGAAAGGCUUCGACGACGUGCUCAUCACGUGUGAGAUUGUGGGUGCGGCCAAAGUUCAGCGGCUCGUUGAGCUAUUUCGGGAGUUUAAGCGUAUCCGGAUUGUGGUUGAUAGCGAGGAGGGGGCUAGAGCUAUUGAUGAGGCGUUUGAGAAGAGUGGGCUUGAAGAACCAAUCAUGACGCUAAUAGAUCUGGACGUCGGCCUGCAUAGGACGGGUGUACAGCCCGGCGAACCCGCGUUGAAACUUGCUCGAUAUGUCGCAAAUCUCAAGCAUCUGAACAUCAUUGGGUUGCAGGGCUAUGAGGGCCAUCUGCAGCACAUUCACGGUUGGGAUGAGCGAAAGAAGCGGUGUCUUGAAUCAAUGGCGACGCUCACUCAGACUGCCGAAGCGUUACGAAAUGACGGGCAUGAUAUAAAGGUGGUGACAACAGGCGGCACCGGCACGGCAGAAUUCUGCGUCACAGUUCCUGGCGUAACUGAAGUCCAACCCGGCUCAUUCCUCUUCAUGGACACCGACUAUCGCAACGCCAUCGGGUCUCACUACUCAAACAGCCUCACCAUUCUCUCUACCGUCAUCAGCAAACAAGGUCCCAAAACAGUCACCAUCGACGCCGGGCUGAAGUCUCUGACUACGGAUAGUGGACUGGCGGAGUGCAAGACAAAGGGCUAUGUGUAUGGGGUGCUAGGAGACGAGCAUGGGAGUCUAACGUGGGAGGAUGAGCCGGCGUUGAAUGUUGGAGAUCGUGUUGAGAUGAUACAGAGUCAUAUUGACCCGACGAUCAAUCUGUUUGACGUGUAUUAUGCGCAUCGAAACGGCAUUGUUGAGGAGAUCUGGCCGGUGGAUGCGAGGGGGAAAGUCCAGUAGGGAAUGGAAUAGCGCAACACUCACACCAAACCGGGUGAGAGGAUAGGAGACAUAUCUUAUGGAUAACCAACAAUGCUAGCACAAAUCCCGAAAGCAACCCUGAUCUUCCAUGCUCGCUCUUCUUACCUACUAAACAUAGCUUUAAUCAAAGUCAAGUAGAUUCUCCUUGAGAUCUUUGGGCGGGAUAUCCGCCAAAGGAUCCUUUCCGCUAUACGCUGCCGCUGCUCUAUCAGCCCGGCUCAUCUUCGUAAUGUCGUACUUUUG